AUGGACACUUGGAUGCUUGGAGGGCCAAUUAGUGCACGCUAUAACCGUUCAAAAUCUGGUUGGUUUAAUGGCUAUUGUUUUAAAAACUGGAUGCAAAUAUUAGUAAUACCUUACUUUAGACAUAAUGAUAACGACACACCAAAACUUCUUAUAGGUGAUAAUUUUGCAUGCCAUUUAUCUAUUGAUGUUAUUGAAAUUUGUGAAGCUAACAACAUUAGGAUGAUCUUCUUACCUCCUAACAGUACACAUUUACUACAGUCUCAUGACCUCGCAGUUUAUGGACCCAUGAAAUCAGUAUGGAGAAAAUUAAUUACUGAAUGA